AUGAUUGGAGUUGUCCUCACUGGCCAUGGCGGUUUUGAAAAACUGCAGUAUCGCAAAGAUCUAAACAUACCUUCGCCAGGGCCCGACGAAGUGUUGAUUCGGGUCGCUGCUGCAGGAAUCAAUAAUACCGACAUCAACACACGUAUCGGAUGGUAUUCCAAAGGCGUCGAGACUGGCACGGGCGAAGAAACUUCCAAUGCCUCUGCUACAAGAACAGACGAUGAUUCCACUUGGUCUGGCAAACCUCUGGAGUUCCCAAGAAUUCAAGGUGCGGAUUGUUGUGGUCGCAUCGUUGCUGUGGGUGAUAAUAUCAGCACCCAGCGUAUUGGUGAAAGAGUUCUCGUGCGCAAUAUGCUGCGCUCGUAUGUCGAUUACCGCCCUUACGAGUGCUGGACUUUUGGAUCAGAAUGCGAUGGCGCGUUUGCUCAAUAUGCCAAGGCGCCUGCUCGUGAAACGUACAAGAUCGAUUGCGACUUGAGCGACACGGAUUUGGCUUCUGUGCCUUGUGCAUGGUCCACUGCCGAAAACAUGCUCCAUCGUGCUGGAGUUAAGGACAAGGAAAACGUCGUCAUCACUGGUGCAUCCGGCGGUGUUGGUGCUGCAGCGAUACAACUGGCAAAGAGACGUGGAGCUCAUGUUGUCGCUAUAGGCAGUGCUGACAAGGCGGACCAAUUGCUGGCUCUUGGAGCCGAUCGCGUCCUUGCGCGAGGAAGCGAUCUUGUCAAGCAAGUGGGCAAGGACGUCAUAGACGUCGUCCUCGAUCUCGUUGCUGGGUCAACAUUCCCUGAACUGCUGGAUGUUCUCAAGAAAGGAGGACGGUAUGCCGUCGCUGGUGCCAUCGCCGGACCAAUCGUUAAACUGGACGUUCGAACACUGUACCUCAAAGACCUAAGUUUCUUUGGUUGCACAUUCCAAGAGGACGAGGUGUUCACCAACCUCAUCUCGUACAUAGAGCGUGGUGAGAUUAGACCGCGUGCUGGAAAGGUCUAUCCCCUCGACGAAAUUGUGACCGCUCAGCAGCACUUCAAUUCCAAGUCGACCUGCGGGAAGCUGGUGCUGUCAAUACCCUGA